AUGUCUUCAAUUGCUGCAUUCACAGCUCGCCGGGCCUUUGCCCGCCAGGUUUUUGCCCGCGCCCCCGUCCGCCGUUAUGCCUCUAAGGCUGAGGAAGCUGGCCUGGACAAGGGCCCCAAGCGCGAUCCUGAGCUCUACGUCCUUCUCGGCGUUAUGUCCGGUGCUUUCUUGCUUGCUGGAUGGUACUUCGGCCGCAAGCCCACCUCGGUGACCUCCGAGAGCAACGUCCGCAUCGGCGACUCUGCGAUGCCCUGGCAGCGCGCUGAGGAGGAUGGCAAGGUUUACAAGUACCAGUACCACCCUCACGGCGAUAAGAACCAACCUCUGCGCAACGCUCCUAGCGCACUCAACACUGUCAUUGUUCCUAACGUGACUCUGCCUGAGGAUCUUCAUGAGCGAUUCAACAAGUACGGCAAGGAGGAAUAUGACUACUAA